GGUCCUGCUUGGAGAGAGACGACGACGACAUCAGCAGCACGGCAUUACAGGGAACACCAUGCAUCUUAUGCUCACGAGACGAGUGGACGCUCACAUUUUUUCGCUUUAUUGUUUUUGAUUUGCGUUAUUUUUGUUGCGUCUUUUCUUUCUUUUCUCCCCUCCUCCUCCUUUUCACCCAAUCUCUGACGCGCAAGGACACUACAGCAUCCAUCCACGGCAGAAACGCUCGCAUAGAGCAUCCUCUGUACAGACGCACCAACCAUCCUCCUCCUUCCUUCCUUCCUCCCACUCUCCUCCUCUUCUCUUUUGUCGUUCUGUUCUAACCCAGAGGACAUCGGGACCUCUUCUAUUUCCCCACUUUGCCCGGAGACAUGGAUCUAUGGUUUCAUUCGAUCCGGAUUUGCUGGUGGAGGGUUUUGUUUCUGAUGAGUGUUUUCCAGGACUAUCUGAGCUCCAUGCUGGACUGCCCGCCGACCUGCAGCUGCUCUCAAACAGAGAUCUUUUGCAAUAAGUCCGACAACGGCAGGUUUUUCCCUUUACUCGCCAUGCAAGAUCCUGGGAGCAAUGGGACCAGCGGUGACAUAGCGGAGUUAUUCAAAAACAUCACCUCUAUACACAUAGAGAACUGGACAGGAUUGCAGACUCUGAGAGACGUCGAUAUGGAGCUCUACACCGGACUACAGAGGCUAACUAUCAUGAAUUGUAACCUGAGGGUGAUCCAGGCUCGAGCGUUUGCUCAGAACCCACACCUACGCUACAUAAACUUGUCAAAGAAUCCUCUCACCACGCUGUCAUGGCAGCUCUUCCAGCACCUCCAACUCUCCGAGCUGCAUUUGGAUGGCGUGGUGUUUGACUGCGGCUGUGACAUCCGUUGGAUCCAGCUGUGGCAGCAGAGAGGAGAAGCAGGGCUUCACACACAGCAGUUGUACUGCAGGAAUGGAGCCUCCAAGAUACGACUGCACAACAUGUACAUCCACAACUGUGACUUACCAGAGAUCAGUGUGAGCCACAGCAGUGUGUUGGUGAUGGAGGGUGACAAUGUGACGGUGAGCUGUAAUGGAUCUGGAUCACCACUGCCUGAAGUAGACUGGACUGUCAGCGGCCUGCAUUCCAUCAACACACACCUGUCAAAUGUGUACUGGCCCAACAUCCACUCCAUCAACCUCACUCUUUUCAACAUCAGCCGAGAUGACAACAACUUCCAGCUAACCUGCAUCGCGGAGAACGUGGUGGGGAUGACCAACUUCUCCAUCCAGCUCAACGUUCAGUUUCCUCCAGUCAUCCUGAAGCUGUCUGAGCCCCAGCGGCGCCUCGAUACCUGCAUUGAAUUCACCGUUCGGGGUUACCCCCAUCCCAAGCUGCGCUGGUUCCACGAGCAGAAGGAAAUUAUUCAGAACGACUACAUCCGAACCGACAUGGACUUCUACCAGGACUAUCUCGAGGGCUGUCUGACUUUCCAGAACCCAACUCACAUCAACAAUGGCAACUAUACCCUGGAGGCCAGCAACCCUCUGGGAACAGCCACCAGGACGGUGUAUGGUCACUUCCUUGGAGACCCUGAUCCAGAAGAACCCGUGGAACCAGUCACGCAGCCGGAUGAGAGUCCAGGACGAGAUGAAGAUACAUUUGGGGUUUCCAUUGCUGUGGGUUUGGCGGGUUUUGCUUGCGUCCUCCUCCUGGUCCUUUUUGUUCUCAUCAACAAAUACGGCCGGCGCUCCAAAUUCGGUAUGAAAGGACCAGUAGCUGUAAUCAGCGGUGAGGAAGACUCUGCUAGCCCUCUCCAUCAUGUCAACCACGGGAUUAUUACCCCUUGUACUCUGGAUGCUGGUCCUGAUGCGGUUGUCAUAGGGAUGACGCGUAUUCCUGUGGUGGAGAAUCCUCAGUACUUUAGACAUGGACACAACUGCAACAAGCCAGCCACCCUUGUCCAGCACAUAAAGCGGAGAGACAUCAUCCUGAAGAGGGAGUUGGGUGAGGGAGCCUUCGGUAAAGUCUUCUUGGCAGAAUGUUACAACCUCAGUCCCACCAAGGACAAGAUGCUGGUGGCCGUCAAGACUCUGAAAGAUCCCAACCUGUCAGCCAGGAAGGACUUCCAGAGGGAGGCCGAGUUGCUGACCAACCUGCAGCACGACCACAUCGUUAAAUUCUAUGGAGUGUGUGUAGAUGGAGACCCUCUCAUCAUGGUGUUUGAAUACAUGAAGCAUGGAGACCUCAACAAGUUCCUCAGAGCCCACGGCCCAGAUGCCAUGAUCCUGGUAGACGGCCAACCGCUGCAGUCCAAUGGGGAGCUGGGCCUUUCCCAGAUGCUGCACAUCGCCACCCAGAUUGCCUCAGGCAUGGUUUACCUGGCCUCCCAGCACUUUGUGCACAGAGAUCUGGCUACCCGCAACUGCCUGGUGGGCAACGGCCUGCUGGUCAAAAUUGGAGACUUCGGCAUGUCCAGGGACAUCUACAGCAGUGACUACUACAGGGUUGGAGGACAUACCAUGCUACCUAUUCGCUGGAUGCCCCCAGAGAGCAUCAUGUACAGGAAGUUCUCCACAGAAAGCGAUGUCUGGAGCUUUGGAGUCAUUCUGUGGGAGAUCUUUACCUAUGGGAAGCAGCCUUGGUUUCAGCUGGGUAACAACGAGGUCAUUGAGUGCAUAACCCAGGGUCGGGUUCUGGAGAGGCCACGGAUUUGUCCUAAGGAGGUUUAUGACAUCAUGCUGGGCUGCUGGCAGAGGGAACCGCAGCAGCGACUGAACAUUAAGGACAUUCAGAAGGUCCUGUUCGCCAUGGGAAAAGCCACGCCGGUCUACCUGGACAUCCUGGGCUAGCAGCGGCCCGUGAGUGGCCUCGCCAGACGCAAAGAUCGACAGAGACAUACAGACAGAACGACCCACGCGGAUCCAGGAAUAACCAAACCAACCUGUUCCACUGUCGAGAAACACCUGCAUUGUUUGGGAAGGACUUAAGUGCCUGCAACACUUUUGGAUAUAGUGGAUAAAACGUAUUCAAAAAACACGCACUUUUACAUUUUGUUUACUUGUGUAUACGAUGUACAGGUUUGAAGAAGACUUUUUGGUUUUGUUUUUGUUUUUCCUUGAAAAACUGCAAAAAUACACAAAAAUGGAGACAGAAAGGGAAGUGGACUGGCAGUAGGAAAAUGGCUGC